AUGAAGUUUGCAGCUUUAGUAAGUGGUGGUAAAGAUUCAGUGUAUGCUAUUAAAAAAUUGAUUGAAGAAGGGAAUGAUUUAGUUGCUUUAAUACACAUGUAUAAAGAAGGCAAUGAUUUUACUGAUUCGUUUAUGUAUCAAACAGUUGGGUCUGAAAUAGCUAGCUUGUUUGGUGAAGUAAUGGGUGUUCCUUUAUUUAAAUAUAAAACUUCUUGCAAGGCUAUUAAUAAAGAACUGACCUACAAUGUCACUAAUAGUGAUGAAGUUGAAGAUCUAUUUAAUGCUGUUAGUAAAACUCUUGAUAUAGUAAAAUUUGAAGGAAUUUCUUCAGGUGCCAUAGCAUCCACCUAUCAAAAACUAAGAGUUGAAUCAAUUUGUGAGAGGUUGAAUAUAAAAAGUUUGGCACCUCUUUGGGGUGUCAAUCAAAAAGAAUUGAUAGAAGGAAUGAUUUCUUCAGGAUUAGAUGCACGUAUCGUAAAAAUUGCUUCUCCAAUAUUCAAUAAGUCUAAUAUUGGAAAUAAUUUAAUUGAAAUCUAUGAACAUGUUAAAAAUAACAGUCAAUUAAGUUAUGAUAAAAACUUUAAUUUUUGUGGAGAAGGUGGUGAAUUUGAAUCAGUUGUUUUUGAUUGUAAAGAUCUUUUUAUUAAGAGAAUUGAUUACGAAGAUUUAGUUAUUGAAAACCAUCCUGAAGAUGAUAAUAAACUUGAAUCUAACAGAGUUUAUUACGGUGUAUUUAAAAAUCCAUUUGUUAUCAAUAAGUAA